AUGGCCACCACCUCCUCCUCCUCUGCCACUGAGGGAGUUAGCAUCCUAAACUCCGAUGGCUUCCAUGGCUUUGGCUAUGGCAUGGCGGUCGCCAUGGGCAUCUUUCUUCUGAUCACCGCAGUUACUCUCAUCAUCUACUACUUCCUUCGUUGGAGAAACAAGAACAUCAGAGCCUAUGAACAUCAGAGCGACGAUGUUGUGGAGGUGGAGCUGGCUGAUGUGGAGCAGGGGAUUGAUGAGACGACUUUGAAAAGCUUCCCGAAGGUCAUAUAUGGUGAAGAUGAAGUGGGAUCUACUGCUAAUGAUCCGUUCUGCUCAAUCUGUUUAUUGGAUUAUACAGAUUCUCAGAUAUUACGACUCUUACCUGAUUGUCGCCAUAUAUUCCACGCUGGGUGUGUGGAUGAAUGGCUCCGACAACAUCCAACAUGUCCCAUUUGCCGGUGCAAGCCACUUCCCAGCAUAUCGAUGACGCCAUUGCUAUGCUCAUAG